GGCGGCGCCCUGUAGGCUGGAGGAACUGUGAGGUAAACAGCUGAGGGGGAGGAGACGGUUGUGACCAUGAAAGACACCAGGUUGACAUCACUGGAAACGGAAUUAUCAAUUGUCCCCAGGGCAGUCUGGUAGUGGCACCAAUGAAGAGCCUUUGGAGUCUGUAAUGCAAGCACUGGAAUUGGCCUAAGCUCCUCCAUAUGAGACAAUGGCCCAACAAACAAAUAUAGGGGCGCUCCUCUCCAUGCUAGAUUCCUCUAAGCUGGAUGUGCGAGAUGACAUAACAACUGUCUUUAAAGAUAACCUCAAUUCUGACCGAGGACCUAUGCUUGUAAACACCUUGGUGGAUUAUUACCUGGAAACCAAUUCUCAGCCGGUAUUGCACAUCCUGACUACACUGCAGGAGCCACAUGAUAAGCACCUCUUGGACAAGAUUAACGAACACGUGGGCAAAGCCACCACUCGUUUAUCCAUCCUCUCUCUCUUGGGGCAUGUGAUACGACUUCAGCCGUCAUGGAAGCACAAGCUCUCUCAAGCACCUCUUUUGCCUUCUUUACUAAAAUGUCUCAAGACUGACACUGAUGUAGUAGUCCUCACAACAGGAGUUUUAGUGUUGAUAACCAUGCUACCGAUGAUUCCACAGUCCGGGAAACAACACCUUCAUGAUUUCUUUGAUAUUUUUGGCCGUCUUUCAACUUGGUGCCUGAAGAAACCAGGCCAUGUGACAGAAAUCUAUCUUGUCCAUCUCCACGCGAGUGUUUAUGCCCUCUUUCAUCGCCUUUAUGGGAUGUACCCAUGCAACUUUGUCUCCUUUCUACGGUCUCACUACAGUAUGAAGGAAAACUUGGAGACUUUUGAAGAAGUGGUUAAGCCAAUGAUGGAGCAUGUGCGAAUUCAUCCGGAGUUAGUGACUGGAUCUAAGGACCAUGAACUGGACCCUCGGAGGUGGAAGAGAUUAGAAACGCAUGAUGUUGUAAUUGAGUGUGCCAAAAUCUCUCUGGACCCUACAGAAGCCUCGUAUGAAGACGGCUAUUCUGUGUCUCACCAAAUCUCAGCACACUUUCCUCAUCGCUCCGCUGAUUCUACCGCCAGCCCUUAUGUUGACACACAGAAUAGCUAUGGGACUGCUACUUCUACCCCUUACUCCACUUCUCGGCUGAUGUUUAAUACGCCAGGGCAGCUACCUCAGACUCUGAGUUCCCCGUCAACGCGGCUGUUAACUGAGCCACCGCAACCUACUCUUUGGAGCCCAGCUACGGUUUGUGGUAUGACCACUCCGCCAACUUCUCCUGGAAAUAUCCCGCCUGAGUUGUCACAGCCCUACAGCAGAGUCUUUGGUCCAACUGUAGGUGGAAAAGGGACCCCUCUGGGGACCCCAGCGACCUCUCCUCCUCCAGCCCCACUCUGCCAUUCGGAUGAAUACGUGCACAUUUCACUCUCACAGGCCACAGCCACACCCCACAAGAAGGAAGAGAGAACAGAGCCUGCACGUCCCUGUCAACACAGACAACAACAUCGUCCCAGUGACCGAGGAUUAGGUAAAAUCUCUGUGGAAGAAACACCGGGCAGCAAAGGUUCUGUCACUCUAAGUGAUCUUCCAGUGUUUUUAGGUGAUCUGGCCUCUGAAGAAGAUAGUAUUGAGAAAGAUAAAGAAGAAGCUGCAAUCUCUAAAGAACUCUCUGAGAUCACUACCACGGAUGCAGAGCCCGUGGUUCCUCGAGGUGGCUUUGAUUCCCCUUUCUACCGAGACAGUCUCCCAGGCUCUCAGCGAAAGACCCACGCAGCAGCCUCUGGAGCACAAAGCUCUAAUGUGAACCCAGAGACGUUUAACUCCUCCCUGGACAAGCUCGGGCCUGACACACCAAAGCAAGCCUUUACUCCCAUAGACCUGCCCUUUGGAGGUGUUGAUGAAAGCCCUGCUGGAGCCAGGGAACGCCACACUUCUUUGGAGACAAAUAUCCUCACUCCCAGUCCUUUCAAAAUCCCACCUCAGAGGGGAGUGGGCUUUGGAAGUGGGCAACCUCCCCCAUAUGAUCAUCUUUUUGAGGUGGCAUUGCCAAAGACUGCCUAUCAGUUUGUUAGUGAGAAGACGGAGGAACUGUCAAAAAAAGUAAAAGGAAACACAGAGGAAAAGUACCUGCCCUCUACCUCCCCAAUGGAAGUUCUGGAUAGACUGAUACAGCAGGGAGCAGAUGCACACACCAAGGAGCUUAACAAGUUGUCUUUACCCAGCAAGUCUGUCGACUGGACCCACUUUGGAGGCUCUCCUCCCUCAGAUGAGAUCCACACCCUCCGCAACCAGCUGCUUUUACUGCACAACCAGUUACUCUACGAGCGAUUUAAGAGGCAGCAGCAUGCUCUCCGGAACAGGCGGCUCCUGCGCAAAGUGAUCCGCGCAGCAGCGCUGGAGGAACACAAUGCUGCUAUGAAAGAUCAGUUGAAGUUACAAGAGAAGGACAUCCAGAUAUGGAAGGUUAGUCUGCAGAAAGAACAAGCCAGGUACAGCCAGCUUCAGGAGCAGCGGGACACGGUGGUAACCCAGCUCCACAGCCAGAUCAGACAGCUGCAGCACGACCGAGAAGAAUUCUACAACCAGAGCCAGGAAUUGCAGACAAAGCUGGAGGACUGCAGGAAUAUGAUUUCGGAGCUGCGGAUCGAAUUAAAGAAGGCCAACAACAAAGUAUGUCACACUGAACUGCUGCUCAGUCAGGUUUCUCAAAAGCUCUCCAAUAGCGAGUCAGUCCAACAGCAGAUGGAGUUCUUGAACAGGCAGCUGUUAGUCCUCGGGGAGGUCAACGAGCUGUACUUGGAACAACUGCAGAACAAGCAUUCAGACACUACAAAGGAAGUAGAAAUGAUGAAAGCUGCUUAUCGGAAAGAACUAGAAAAAAACAGAAGCCACGUUCUCCAGCAGACUCAGAGGCUUGAUACUUCUCAAAAACGAAUUUUGGAACUGGAAUCUCAUUUGGCCAAGAAAGACCACCUUCUUUUGGAGCAGAAGAAAUACUUAGAGGAUGUCAAACUCCAAGCCAGAGAACAGCUGAAAGCCGCUGAGAGCAGGUAUGAGGCCCAGAAAAGGAUUACUCAAGUAUUUGAAUCGGAGAUCUUAGAUUUAUAUGGCAGGUUGGAGAAAGAUGAUCUUCUGAAAAAGCUUGAAGAAGAAAAAACAGAAGCAGCUGAAGCCAUAGAAGAAAGGCUUGACUGUUGUAAUGAUGGCUGCUCGGAUUCAGGAGUGGGGCACAACGAGGCGACAUAUGGCCACAACGGUGAGACCAAAAUCGCCAGACCUGGCAGCACCCGAGGAAGUAGAGGAGGCGGAGGAAGCAGCAGCAGCAGCAGUGAGAUUUCUACCCCAGAGAAACCCCCCAACCAGAGGGCAGGCCCAUUCAGCAUUCGGUGGGAAACCAUGGGCGAGCCCUCCACCAGCAUCCCUAUGACUGUUGGUUCACUUCCCAGUUCAAAAAGCUUCCUGGGCAGGAAGGCUCGAGAGUUAUUUCGUAAUAAGAGCGAGAGCCAAUGUGAUGAGGACGGCAUGACCAUCAGUAGCCUUUCUGAGACCCUAAAGACGGAACUGGGCAAAGACUCAGGUGUGGAAGCCAAGACUCCCCUGAACCUAGAUGGCCCGCACUCAUCUCCCCCAAACCCGGACAGUGUUGGAAAGCUUCAGAUCAUGGACUACAAUGAGACUCAUCAUGAACACAGCUAAGGAUGAUGGCCGAUCAGUGUUAACUUUCACGUGUUGGCAUAGAACAGGUGGUGUGAAUGCACGUUUCAAAGCUUUCCUGUUUCCAGGGUCUGAGUGGCUAGCUCAUGCAGUGGAAAUGGGAUGGAGGUCCUUUCAACAAUUGGCUUAGUGGCAGAACUGUUUUUGGAUCUGGCAUUGAAAUGCCCCGUAACCUUUCCCUUGAGUCACCCUCGGGCCUCUUUUUUCACACCUAGCAGUGUACUAAUCCCAGGGCCGGUUUGUGUUCCUCAGUAGCUUUAACCCCUCCCCCCCCUACGACCACCAAAAAAGAAUGGUUGCGUCCUUUGAACCUGUGCAAUAUGAGGCCAAAUUUCAUCUUUGAGUCUAACACACCACUUUCUGCUUUCCUGAAGUUCAGACAUCUUGGUUGGCUCUGUUAGACCAGGUAAUUGGUGGCAUUGCAGGUAAGUCUGGUUUGUUCCUUUCCAGGAGGUAGUCUGCAAAGCUAUCUGCUCAUGGAAGCUUUAAUGUGAGACUCCCAGUGAUUUUUGGUUCUGAAGUCUAGCAUCUAAAGCAGCAGUUCUAGAAAAACAAUGGUUGUUUUGUUUUUUUUGUUUUUCUUUCCCACCCUUAGAAGCUUCCUAGAACGCUCCCAGUGAACAGACAGCUGCUGUUUCACAAAUCUAGACUGGGCCCAGUGGAGACCACAUUUACUUGACAUUUGAGAAAGCCCUACCCAACCUUUCUGCCAUGUCUCUUCCCCACCCCACCCCCUGUAUUUAUUUGGUGUGUAUGAAACCUGGUACUGUUCUGACCACAGGCUAGCAGUGUGGGUAGGUGGAGCCUGUUUUCAGCAGGAGAGAAGAAUUGGUGACUGAAAAGUUACCCAGGAAGCACUUGUAUAAGAAUAACUGCAUCUGUAAGCAGGUCUUGUGCUAGCUGAGCCCUCUGACUAACCCCCUCUCUGUCGCCUUCCCCCGCUUUGUGUUCAUACUUGCCCUCAUCUUUGUGAGCUGCUUGGCUAACGCAGCAGCAGAAAGGCACAGAUGUUCCAAAGAGUUUCCUCACUGUUUUUGUUGUGACCAUUGUUUCUCAGGCUGCUAGAGUUGCCUCACUCUAGUAGGUUCUAAGCCACCAAAAAAGUAACAGCCUUUUCAUACCAAUUCUAACUUUCAGGGGCCUGUGAUCCAGGGAGCUUAUUAGUGUUGUUAAACUCCCAUGUGGAAGUAUCAGCAGAUCAUUGAAUUCUGGGAGAAGGCUAACAAAGACUGGCUUCUUCCAGGGAGCUCACCAGGGUGCCCACACACACUCAGGAGAAGGGGCACUAGUCAGAAUCCUGAUGGCAGAGAACCCAAACUGAACAAAUGCUCCUGAAAUAAAUGCUAGAAGCCUAAGAAGUGUUGCUUGGUGUUACAGCGGAGGCAAGGAGAAGGUGGGGUAGAAGAGAACUAGUAAAUGAACUAGGUUUUCCUUUUUCUCCUCUUUCUACGGGAAGAAUAGACAAGGGUCAGCCAUGAAAUGGACAAACACAAAUCUAAUGGUACGAAGUCUUGCUGCAUAGGGAAGCUUUUACCAUGUGAGCGUAAAGUGGGUUUUUUGUUUUUUAUUUUUAAAGUGGGGCAAUACAUAUUCUAGCAUCCCUAACCAAAGGGAGUUGGAUAAAACUAGGAACUCCAGUUCACCAUGCCUAUGCUGGCAGACCUGCUCCGGAUGUCAUUUUGGGUGUGACCAAGUGGCUCCCAGGCACUACCACUAGGUGGCCCAAUGUGAAGUAGUCAUGAUGCCACACGUUUCAUUCCACUUUGUCCACAGGGAAGCUUAAAAUUCUGUAUGUGUCAUUUCACAGUUCAGUUUUAGAAAAGAAAAUCACAAACAAAUUCAAGGAGAAAAUGGUUUAGGAUAACUAUUACAAUUGGUCUUAAAUGCUUUCCCACUCUACCACAGAUCAAAGGUAAGAGGCAUUAAGUCAAACCUUUCCUCUUAACUGGUCAAGGAAAGGAGUCCAGUGUAAGAAAGGAGAACAACCUAACACCACUUCUUUUCUGAUGUGGGCAGACUUUCAAGACACAGGGAAGGAAGGAGCUCAUGGUAAGGUGGAAUGAGAGCAGGGGCUAGGCUGGAAGUCCCUGGGCAGGACAGGACCCUGCACAGAUGUCUGUUCAGCCGAAGUGUGUCUGCUCAGUUCUAAGACCAAGUUGAUCACCACCUCAGCGCUUGUGAGUUCUAAAGGGUCCAUGAGUUUAAUUCAGCUAAGGUUGGGGAAUUGAGACCUGCAGUCAUGUAGAACUUAGCCAGCCUAAAAAGUUGGGCCUUUAUGUGGUGAAAGAGUCGAUAGGAAGGUUUUGUUUGUAUGUUUCUUGGAAGUGAUAAACCUGCCAAGGAUCAGCGGAUCACCUGAUCAUGCUACAGUGAGUUCCGUUUUCAGGAUGGCAAGGUGAUAGUGGAGGAACCACUCAGAGCCAGUGUAGGCCUGGGAACAGCCAGGGCAGAAGCAGAACUGUAAGUUCAGAGCUUGCCGUCUUGAACCUGCUCAUGCAGUGUGGUGUUCGUACAUGUUGGGAGUGGGAAGCCUCCACCCACAAAUCACCAGGAGAAAUCUUGAUCACCUGAGAGCUGUUUGGCCAAGGUGUGGUACUUACUCUGAUUCCCACCUAACACUAAGCAGGGUUCCCACAGACUUGGCGCAGAUGGGAGCCUGCUGCUUGUACAGCAUGACGGUUAUUGAAAAUGGAGCACUACGUAUUAC